CAUCUAAAAAGACACGUGCUUAUUGGACGUGCGACGUCUUGUCGAGACCAAAUAUAGCCGGCUCUGACCGGCGGCCAGUGAAGCCCUCAGACGCCAGUCAGGCACGGUGUGGAUAAGAACUUCAGAAUCUUUUAGCCUCUGCAAUUUUUUUUUUAAAUGAAGAAUUUAAAAUUUUAGAAUCAAAAUAUAUUUAAUAAAAAUGGAAAAAAGAAUCUCUAACCAUUUAUGAGAGAAGCAGUGACUUGUUGGAGUAACUGUGAAUUUACGUCCACCUCUGAGUUUCCUGUCUCCUCUGCUUCUCUGCUACGUUCUCUGCCACUCUCUCAGGAAGAUUCAGCUUCUCCUCUCUGGUUUUUCCCCUUCUCCUUUGCGUUUCUUAUGAGAUUUUAGAAGAAAUGUUUCUUUCCGAGUUCUCUGUCUUCUGGGCUUCUAUUUGCAGGCGCGUUUCUUGAGUAUCACUCUCUGCUUUUUCAAUAGAGAACAGAGGAAUCUGGGUAAAGAUCAACUUGAGGAUAAGAAAGCACGAUAAAUACUAUGUUCUGUGCCUCUGUUCCUUCUCCAGGUUCUCUCUCUGAUCAUAUAGACAUGAAGAAAAAGGAGGACACAAGCUCCCCUGUUGGGGUUCUUGAAGACUACUUCAGAAGCGAAGAAUCCGAAAGCUGUUCUUCGAAAGAACCCACAUCGGUUUUGGAAGCUCAAAGAACUUCAAAAGCUAAUUCCCCUUGGCAUGGAUUUUUCCAACUGUUGAGAAGCAGAUCAAAGAAACAUUUAGCUACAUUGCAUCCCCUGAGUGUACUAAAGCUCUCAUUGAAGAGGAGCUCUAGUAUGAGAGAGAUGGUACCGAAUCUUUUUUCAAGCUCUGAUUCAUUCAAUUUAAACUCUCCUACAACAAGCUUCACUCUCUCUGAGCUCCAAGCUGCAACCAACAAUUUCAGCCAAGAAAAUCUGAUUGGAAAGGGUGGUUAUGCUGAAGUUUAUAAAGGGUGUUUGAAAAAUGGGAAACUGGUGGCUAUUAAGCGGCUGACAAGAGGAACACUUGAUGAGAUGAUAGGGGACUUUCUAUCGGAGAUGGGGAUUAUGGCCCAUGUGAAUCAUCCUAAUACAGCUAAGUUAAUUGGCUAUGGAGUUGAAGGAGGAUUGCAUCUUGUUCUUGAGUUGUCUCCCCAUGGGAGCUUAGCUUCUCUGCUCUAUGGCUCCAAAGAUAAAUUGACAUGGGAAAUUAGGUAUAAGAUUGCACUGGGAACAGCUGAGGGUUUACUCUAUCUUCAUGAAGGUUGCCAGAGAAGAAUAAUACAUAGAGAUAUCAAGGCUGCUAAUAUUUUGCUCACAGAGGACUUUGAGCCUCAGAUUUGUGAUUUUGGGCUUGCAAAAUGGCUACCCGAGCAUUGGACUCACCACGUUGUAUCCAAAUUCGAAGGCACAUUUGGCUAUCUUGCUCCCGAGUACUUAAUGCAUGGAAUAGUUGAUGAAAAAACUGAUGUUUUUGCCUUUGGUGUACUGCUACUGGAACUAGUCACCGGCCGGCGAGCGCUGGAUUACUCGCAACAAAGCCUUGUCUUGUGGGCAAAACCUUUGCUGAAGAAGAGUGAGAUCAAGGAGCUAGUUGAUCCUGCACUUGCCAAUGAUUAUAAUGCUCGACAGAUGAAUCUCAUGGUCUUGGCUGCUUCUUUAUGCAUACAACACUCUUCAUUACGGAGGCCUCAACUGACUCAGGUUGUGCAGAUUCUGAAAGGUAAUCUCAGCUGCUUGAAAUGCAUGAAAAAAUCCCGAGUGGCAUUCUUCAGAAAAGCUUUCUCCGAGGAGCUCUUCAAAGCAGAGGAGUAUAAAUCACCCAACAAUAUAUCUUCUCAACUGGGAUGACAGGUCGAUUUUCAGGUUUUAAUUAAGAAAGACCGUAAGGAAAGACGAUGAUUUUCAACUUGUGUAAAUAAAAAUUAAGAAGGAACUUAAAAAAGAAAAGAGAAGAAAAAUGCAAGUAUUCCCACUUUAUGUAAAUUGUACAGUAAAAUCCUACUGAACUAGGCUGGAGAAUAUUGGAUAUUUUUAUAAAAUCAAAGUAUAUAUUUUAAUGAGGUAGAGUAUGGAAUAAAUCCUAUGGGGCAAUACAGUGCGAACAUUAUAAUAACUGUGAUUGUACUUGGAAAAAAAAAAUAUGCAAAGAAUCGUGUAGACUCCAGAAGCAAAAAAGAGAGGUAGUUUUGCUUUAAAAUUUGCAGAAUGCUUAUGUUCCUCGUCAAGAGGCAACAGCGAAAGCUUGAAACUGCAUUUUAAAUUGUAGAUUUCAGCGAGCUUGCGGAAGUACUCUCUUAGAAUCUGACAAAAAAAAAGGCCUAAAACUCCA